AUGUCUGAUUCAUACUCAUCUGGCUACAGGAAAAACGAAAAUGCCAUCGCAUCUGAUGCAGAGAGCGAUGCUGAAAUCAUUGCUCCUCACCCUCCCAUCAGACGCUCUUCAUCCUUGUUUUCAUUGAGCUCGAAUCAGGAGCCAUUGCCAAGACCUGAACCCAAAGACUAUCAGCAUUUCUUAGGCGAUUCGAGACAUUUUUCUUUGAUCAGAAACCUUCACAUGGCGGAUUUCAUCACGCUUUUGAACGGCUUUUCUGGGUUCUAUUCAAUUAUUUCUUGCUUGAGGUUUGCUCUCUCGGGCCAGACACACUACAUUCAAAGAGCUCACUUCUUUAUCUGCUUGGGUUUAUUCUUUGAUUUUUUUGAUGGUAGAGUCGCUCGUUUGAGAAACAAGUCAUCUCUCAUGGGUCAGGAACUCGAUUCUUUGGCCGACUUGAUUUCCUUUAGUGUCUCCCCGGCCAUCAUUGCGUUUUCGAUCGGCUUCAGGUCCACUGUUGAUGUUUUGAUCUUGUCAUAUUGGAUCUUGUGUGGCUUGCUCAGAUUGGCUAGAUUCAACAUUUCCUCUAACAACAUACCCAAAGACAGCCACGGCAAGUCCCAGUACUUUGAGGGCUUGCCCGUUCCAUCGAAUUUGCUAUGGGUUGCGAUCAUGUCAUACUUGGUUCAUAAAGAUAUGAUUUUAGCUAAUUUGCCUGGUGGAUUAAUUUUCGAAGGUACGGUGCUUGAGCUUCACGCUGUGUCACUUGCCUUCAUUUUACAAGGAAGUGCUGAAAUCUCCAAGAGCUUGCAUAUUCCUAAACCAUAA